CGUGCGUUUUGUCCCUCGCCGCCUCCCGGACGCCUCCAGAAUCCCCUUUUGAUCGAGUAACAGCGAGGAGUUUGGGUUUAGUGACCGGAAGAGAACUAGUCUACCAGUUCGUUAAAUAUAUAUGUAUUUUUUAUACUAUUAUUAAUGGUUAGGUUUUUUAUAUUUAUUAAUUCCACCCCUUUUUUUUAAAAGACGCUGUUAAUAAUACUGUCAACUCGAUGUAAACUUGAAUCGCCGGCCUCUGUGUAACUGCAUCACCGCACGACGAAACAUGAACAAAUUUGACCAUCUGAAGGAUGAUGACAGCGGGGAUCACGAUGACCCCGCGUCGCAGAUCGAGAUGGAUCAAUGCGACUCUGACAGCGCGCAGAACAGCUUCCGGAGGAAGCCGACCUCCCCAGGGGCGGGGGAGCACCCCUUACAGUAUAACUAUACCUUCUGGUACUCCCGUCGAACCCCCAGCCGGCCCGCCAACACCCAGAGCUACGAGCAGAACAUCAAACACAUCGGCAGCGUGGCCUCGGUCGAGCAGUUCUGGAAGUUCUACAGCCACCUGGUGAGACCGGGGGACCUGACUGGACACAGUGACUUCCACAUCUUCAAGGAAGGGAUCAAACCCAUGUGGGAGGACGAGGCCAAUAAAAACGGAGGGAAGUGGAUCAUCCGGCUGCGAAAGGGCCUGGCCUCGCGGUUCUGGGAGAACAUCAUCCUGGCCAUGCUGGGGGAGCAGUUCAUGGUGGGGGAGGAGAUCUGUGGAGUGGUCGUCUCCAUCAGAUUCCAGGAGGAUAUUUUAUCUAUUUGGAACAAGACGGCCAACGACCAGGUGACCACGUCCCGAAUUCGAGACACCCUCCGCAGGGUCCUGAACCUGCCCCCCAACACCAUCAUGGAGUACAAGACACACAACGACAGCCUCAAGGAUAAUUCAAGUUUCCGGAACACCAAGAUCGCUCUCUGAAAAAAAAAUAACAAAGACGAUUGCUAAAACUCUGCCUCUGUCUGUGUUUUCUGUUUUUAAAAACAGAAAUAUCAUCAUGAUAAAAAUUAAAACAAAAAACAACACAA